CUGGCGGGCGGGGCGCGGCGCAAGCGCGGCUGCCCAAGAUCGCGUCAGGGCUGCCUACGCUCUUCGCGCUGGGUGCUCGCCGCCUGGGACUCCAGGCGCCGCCCCGCCUCAGGAAGCCCGACCUGAGCCCCAGGGUCGCCUGGCUGCGUCCGGAACCCCCCGGAGACGGCGGAGGGGCCGACGUGGCGGGCGUCCGGGUGUUCAGGUGGGCUUGGCGGGCGACGAAAGCCCGUCGGGCGUGCGCGGGUGGCUGGCAGCCUCGCCUUCUUGACAACUUGAGCUGCUUAAAACUUGGAAUGGCUAAAUACCAAGGGGAAGUUCAAAGUCUGAAACUGAACGAUGACUCAGUCAUAGAAGGAGUAAGUGACCAAGUGCUUGUGGCCGUUGUGAUCAGUUUCACUUUGGUUGCUACCCUGGUGUAUGCGCUUUUCAGAAAUGCACAUCAAAAUAUUCAUCCAGAAAACCAAGAGCUAGUAAGGGUGCUUCGGGAACAGCUUCAAACAGAACAGGAUGUGCCUGCUGCUGCCCGACAGCAGUUCUAUACUGACAUGUACUGUCCCAUCUGUCUACAUCAGGCCUCCUACCCUGUUGAAACAAACUGUGGACAUCUUUUUUGUGGUACCUGCAUUAUUGCAUACUGGCGAUACGGUUCAUGGCUUGGGGCAAUCAGUUGUCCAAUCUGUAGACAAAAGGUAACUUUAUUGCUAACAGUAUUUGGUGAAAAUGACCAGUCUCAGGAUGUUGUACCAUUGUACCAAGAUAUUAAUGAUUAUAACCGGAGAUUCUCAGGGCAGCCAAGAUCGAUUAUGGAAAGAAUUAUGGAUCUACCCACUUUACUGAGGCAUGCAUUCAGGGAAAUGUUUUCAGUCGGGGGCCUUUUCUGGAUGUUCCGUAUCAGGAUAAUACUCUGUUUGAUGGGAGCUUUUUUCUACCUUAUAUCGCCUCUAGAUUUUGUACCUGAAGCCUUGUUUGGGAUUCUAGGCUUUCUAGAUGAUUUCUUUGUCAUCUUUUUGUUGCUUAUCUACAUCUCUAUUAUGUAUCGAGAAGUGAUAACACAGAGACUAAACAGAUGAAAAAAAUGAGUUUACUAAGAUAUUUCAGCUGAUGUAUAAAAUCAAGCAAAUGGACCAUGGCAGUAUAGAGCAUUUGAAUAUUAUCUUACAAGCUUAAAACCACUGUCUGACAAACAUUUGAUUAUCAUUUGGCAAAUGCUAACAACAUAUGACUGGAAAUUUUACAUGUUGCAGGUUCUAAUAUUAAGGUUAGAAUUAUAUUUAAAUUGUUAUAUUGAUUGUGUUUCUAUAAAGUCUCUGGAAAAAAUGUGGAAUUAUAUAAAAAGGGAUGCUUUUAUAUCUUUUCUCUUUUCCCCAGAAUUACCCAGAUUAUUUGGAUGUAUAGUAAGAUAUUGCUAAAUGUACAGUUUAUCCAAUUUAUCCUUCUCAGUCAGUACUUAUAUAAUAACAUAUUGCUAUGAAAUGCAUCUAAAUAUUUUUGUUACAAUAAAAUAUUGUACAAUA